AUGGAGUCCCACAACGUGAGCAACAGCUUGAACCAAGACAUGGAGAAAGAUCAAGAAAAAGCUUUCGACUACUCUAAACGAGCUCAAUGGCUACGAGCCGCCGUGCUCGGUGCCAACGACGGUCUUGUCUCGACGGCUUCACUCAUGAUGGGUGUCGGUGCGGUUAAGAAAGACGUCAAAACCAUGAUCUUAUCCGGUUUCGCCGGUUUAGUCGCCGGAGCUUGUAGCAUGGCCAUCGGAGAGUUUGUCUCCGUUUACUCUCAGUACGACAUAGAGGUGGCUCAGAUGAAGAGAGAGAGCGGAGGGCAGAUAGAGAAAGACAAGCUUCCUAGCCCGAUGCAAGCCGCUGCUGCUUCUUCGUUAGCGUUCUCUCUGGGAGCGAUUGUGCCUUUAUUGGCGGCUGCGUUUGUGAAAGAUUACCAAGUGAGGGUUGGUGUGAUUGUGGCGGCGGUGACGUUGGCGUUAGUGAUGUUUGGGUGGUUAGGAGCGGUGUUGGGGAAAGCACCGGUGGUCAAGUCUUUGGUUAGGGUUUUGUUCGGAGGAUGGUUAGCUAUGGCGGUUACGUUUGGUAUGACCAAACUGAUUGGAUCACAUGGUAUGUGA